AUGCAAUAUCUUCUAUUGGCGUUGUCGCUCAGCGCCGCCGCCGAUGCAUAUGUAUCUGGAAGCGCUGGCUGGGAACAGGCCUACGCCAAAGCAAAAAUUGCUCUUCAGAAGCUCAAUCAAACAGAAAAGGUCGGCAUUGCCACCGGCGUCACUUGGGAAGGGGGCCCUUGCGUUGGUAACACCUAUGCACCCGAGUCCAUAGAUUAUCCCUCUCUGUGCCUCCAAGAUUCACCGUUAGGUAUUCGGUUUGCCAACCCGGUGUCAGCUUUCCCAGCAGGUAUCAAUGCUGGUGCGACCUGGGACCGCGAUGUUUUCUAUGCGCGUGGAGCUGCUAUGGGCCAAGAGGCCAAAGAGUUGGGCGUGCACGUCCAGCUGGGCCCUGUCGCUGGCCCAUUAGGAAAGAACCCAGAUGGUGGUCGAAACUGGGAAGGCUUUUCUGUGGAUCCAUAUUUGAGUGGAGUCGGUAUGGAACAUACUAUUCAGGGAAUGCAAGACUCGGGUGUCCAAGCUUGCGCCAAGCACUGGCUCGGCAAUGAGCAGGAACACAAUCGAGAAACCAUGAGCUCGAACAUUGGUGAUCGCGCAACUCACGAGCUUUACGUAUGGCCCUUCAUGAAUGCCGUCAAAGCCAAUGUCGCGUCCGUCAUGUGUUCUUACAACAAGUUCAACCAGACUUGGGCUUGUGAAAGCGAUGCAAUUCUCAACAAGCUUCUCAAGAAGGAACUUGGGUUUCCGGGCUACGUCAUGAGUGAUUGGAACGCACAGCACACGGGCGUGAACAGUGCUUUAGCUGGGCUUGAUAUGACAAUGCCUGGUAGCGAUUUUGCGACCCCUCGCGGUAGCGUAUUCUGGGGUCCGAAUCUUGUCCAGGCCGUGAACAAUGGAUCUGUCCCUCAAUCACGAUUGGAUGACAUGGUGACUCGAAUCCUAGCGGCGUGGUAUCUCCUCGAUCAAGAUCAGGGAUAUCCUGAUGUGAAAUUCAGCUCCUGGGAUGGCGGCAAGGCUAGCAUCAAUGUGACAGCUUUGCCGAAUCACAUCGACAUUGCCCGGAUUGGAGCUCGCGAUUCGAUUGUCUUGUUGAAAAACAAGGGCAAGACCCUGCCUCUGAAGAAGCCUCGGAGUCUUGCAAUUAUUGGACUGGAUGCUAUUGUCAAUCCAGAGGGUGCCAAUGCGUGUAGUGAUCAUGGGUGUAACAAUGGUACACUGGCCAUGGGAUGGGGUAGUGGUACAUCACAGUUCCCGUACCUCGUCGAUCCCCUCAGUGCAAUCCAAGCACAAGCCAGUAAAGAUGGCACUUCGAUUGUCCAAAGCACCACCGAUAAUCCAACUGAAGGCGCGGCGGCUGCUGCUGCCGCCGACACGGCAAUUGUAUUUAUCAACUCGGACGCAGGCGAAGGGUACAUCACAGUGGAAGGGAAUGCCGGGGACAGAAACAAUCUUGACCCCUGGCACAAUGGAAACGAGCUUGUCAAAGCAGUCGCAGCCAAGAACAAGAACGUCAUUGUUGUAGUGCACAGCGUCGGUCCCAUUGUUCUUGAGACCGUUCUCGCUCAACCAUCAGUGAAAGCAAUCGUCUGGGCAGGACUCCCUGGUCAAGAAAGCGGAAACGCUCUCGUCGAUGUCCUUUACGGAAGCUGGUCUCCCAGUGGCAAGCUGCCAUACACAAUUGCAAAACAGUUCGCCGAUUACGGUGCUGGAUGGAACCCAUCGCUGGAUGAUAACUUCGGCGAGGGCUUAUUUGUUGACUACCGCCACUUUGACAAGAACGGAAUCUCCCCUCGGUAUGAAUUUGGCUUUGGUCUUUCGUACACGUCUUUCGAAUACAGCAGACUCUCGAUCGAUGUCGCUGCUACAUCCGGCCCUCUGGAUGGGCGCAUCAUCCCGGGUGGAGCUGAACAACUUUUCGAAUCUGUCGGCACAAUCUCUACGCUUGUUAAGAACACUGGCGAGGUUCUCGGUGCUGAAGUUGCGCAGCUUUACAUUGGUUUACCGGACUCUGUCCCCGGGACUCCCCCAAAGCAGCUUCGAGGUUUCGAAAAGCUAUCGCUGUAUCCUCUGCAAACAUCGUUGGCAACUUUCCAGCUGACGCGCCGCGAUCUAAGUUACUGGGAUGUCAAGAAGCAGAAAUGGGUUGUACCAAAGGGGACUUUCACUGUCUAUGUGGGUAGCUCGAGUAGAGAUAUUCGGCAGCAUGGAAAGUUCCAUGUUGGGGGGUAUUGA